AUGGCAGCGCGGGAAUUCUGGGACGUCGUGAAGCAUGAGGUUAGGGACAUGCUUGUUCCGGGGCUGGCGAAGAGAAUGGAAGGGGGAUCUCCAGGCGGCUCGCCGGGGAGUAACCGCGUUCGGGGAGAUGACUCGUCGGCCCCGACCAACUUGCCUUCCAUGAUCACCGCUCCUCCCUCCGUGUCCGUACUGGCGACUGAGUCCCUUGCGCUUGCAUCUUCAUCGCCCACAACUACGUCCACGACUACGCCAACGACCACCAGCAAGGUCGUGAUGCAGACUACUACAGCACCGGCGGAACCGAGCGAGUCGGAGACCGAAGGCAUGAGCAUUGCUGCCAAGGCCGGCAUCGUUAUCGGUGCGCUGGGUGGUAUCCUUGUCGUCUUUGUCCUCGGCUGGCUGGUUCUCAACGCGCGGAGGAAGAAGCUCGCGAGGCGGAGGCAGCAGAUCGAGGACGAUGAAAAGAUCAACGGGCCAUUCGCCGACAGCGCGGCAAUACAGCCGACUCCGAACAAGUCUCCUCGUCUCAGCCUGCGGCCCGUCACGCAACUCCUGCCCACCUUCACAACCCCGCAAGCCGAGAGACGCCAGAGCCGCGGCAUCGCCCUGACUCUCAACCCCGUGUCGAACCCGUCCCUCGCUCGUCCCACGGGAGGCAGCGCCUGGGAGCGCCCAACCUUGCGCUCGACGAUGGCUAGCCCGAGCGGUGACUCCAACCGGGCCGACACGAGCGCGGGCCUGCACCCGAACCCGUUCCACGAUAACAACCGCGUUCCCGACGAGCCCGUCAGCCCCGUCAGCUCUCUAAGCUCGGUCGAUCAGCGUGUGGGCGUCGCAACAACAACCGACUCGGUUCCAGAACCCGUUUCGCCCAUCCUCGGCGACGACGAGGAGGAGGAGGAGGAGAACCAGCGCCGCCAACAAAGCGGCGCUUCCAACCUCACCCGCAAGGCGUCUGUCCGCCAAGACCUCCCCAAACCCUUGGAUCUGACCAAGGCCUCUUCCCAGCUUCACGCCGUGCCACCGAGCCCGGCCGGGACGGAGUACUCGAUGCACUCGAUCGCGCCGGGCCAAUCGCCCGGGCCGUCGGCAAGCGCGGCAGCCAUCGCCGCCGCCGGGGGGCCGGCACACUCGACCGUGCACCGCGUGCAGCUUGACUUCAAGCCGACUCUGCAUGACGAGAUGGAGCUACGCGCCGGACAGCUUGUCCGCCUGCUUCACGAGUACGACGACGGUUGGGCCCUUUGCAUCCGCCUCGACCGCUCCGAGCAGGGCGUCGUCCCCCGCACCUGUCUCUCGACCCGGCCCGUGAAGCCUCGUCCGCCACAGGGACCCGGGGCGCCGCCCGCGGGUGGUGGGGGUGGCAACCAGCGCCGCGGCCCGCCCGUCAACCCGCCCCACCAGCACCACAACUCCGGCAGCAACAACAAUAACAACGCAAACCGCGGGGCGCCCAGGGCCGGCCCCAAUCCUGCGGGAUCUCCUCCGCAACAGGGAUGGAGGGGACAUGGACCCCAAACCGGACACGGCCCGGGUGGUUUCGAUGGCAGGGAUGUGAGUCCCCCGCCGGGGCAGGCUUACUAGAACCGCUCUGAGGAAGCAGCCCCUUUGUUUCGAGUUCGAGCUUUUUAGAUAUGCCAGGUACCGGUGGAUGGGUGGAUGUCUGAGGUCUCUAAAUAAUGAGAAGGCUGGACGGGUGGUUAAUGUCGCUCUGGGGAAGCUGAGAGUCGAAGUCGGUGCUUGGUUGACUGAGCGCCCGAAAAAGAGCUGAGCUUUCGUCAUGGUCUUUCUGGGAUUGUGUUGGGACGGCGUUGGGGGGGGGGGGAGGGAAAGGCGGAGACGGGAGUCAAUGGGAUUUUUUUUUUUCCUUUUUGGGCAAAUGAUUGGUUCUG